GUGUCCCCUCCGAGCCGUCACCAGCCGGGAUGUUGCCUGUGGUGGCCGGGCUCCUGCUCGCCGUAGCCGCUGGCGCCCGGGGCUCGGCGUCGGGCACCCAGGAGAGCCCACCCGGUAGUCGGUUCGUGUGCACCUCGCUGCCGCUGGAGGCGACCAGCGCGGGCUGCCCGCUGCCCCCGGUGCCCAUGCAGGGUGGCGCGCUGUCCCCCGAGGAGGAGCUGAAAGCCACGGUCCUGCAGCUGCGGGAGACCGUCCUGCAGCAGAAGGAGACCAUCGGAAGCCAGCGGGAGGCCAUCCGGGAGCUUACCGGCAAGCUGAGCCGGUGCGAGAGCGCCGACGGCAAGUCCGCUACGGGGACGUGGAGGAGCGAGCUGGGGAAGGGCAAGGACACGAUGGGCGACCUGCCGCGGGACCCGGCUCAGGUCAUCGACCAGCUGAGCCGCACAAUGCAGACCCUGAAGGACCGGCUGGAGAGCCUAGAGCACCAGCUCCGAGCCAAUGUGUCGUACGCAGCACUGCCUAAUGACCUUCGAGAGAUGCUUCAGCGAAGGCUGGGAGACCUGGAACGCCAACUCCUGAGCAAAGUGGCUGAGCUUGAGGAUGAAAAGUCUUUGCUUCAUAAUGAGACGUCAGCCCAUCGGCAGAAGACUGAGACAGCCUUGAAUGCGCUGCUAGAAAGAGUGUCUGAAUUAGAAAAAGGUAACAGUGCAUUUAAGUCACCUGAUGAAUUCAAAGUCUCCCUUCCUCUUCGCACUAACUACUUAUAUGGGAAGAUCAAGAAGACUCUGCCAGAGCUUUAUGCAUUUACUGUAUGCUUGUGGUUGAGAUCAAGUGCAUCUCCUGGAAUUGGCACUCCAUUCUCAUAUGCUGUUCCUGGGCAGGCUAAUGAAAUUGUCCUUAUAGAGUGGGGGAAUAAUCCAAUUGAACUGCUAAUCAAUGAUAAGGUUGCCCAGCUCCCUCUCUUCAUUAGUGAUGGGAAAUGGCACCAUGUCUGUAUAACAUGGACAACCAGAGACGGAAUGUGGGAGGCUUUUCAAGAUGGUGAGAAGCUUGGGACUGGGGAGAAUCUUGCUCCUUGGCACCCAAUUAAACCUGGAGGUGUCUUGAUCCUGGGUCAGGAACAGGACACAGUAGGAGGAAGAUUUGAUGCAACUCAAGCCUUCGUUGGAGAGAUGAGCCAGUUCAAUAUAUGGGACAGGGUCUUAAAAACUGAAGACAUCAUGAAUAUUGCUAACUGCUCUACCAACAUGCCUGGCAACAUCAUACCCUGGGUUGAUAACAACGUUGAUGUGUUUGGAGGUGCUACUAAAUGGCCUGUGGAGACAUGUGAAGAGCGUCUGCUAGAUUUAUAGCUGCAAUUAUUUCCCAUUCAAGUGCCCCCUUUAGUAGGACAAUCUUCUGUGCAAUCUAAAGCACUUAUUUUUCUCUCUGUCCUUCCCCAGUCUUAAUUCCUCAAAAGAGUAAAAAAAAUUGAGUAAACUGCCUCAGUGCAAAGAUAGCUGCUAGUUGGGGGCGUUGAGCCUUACACUGAAAGAAGCACUUCUUGGCUAGCACAGCCCGUGUUUUUUUUUAUGGCCUGAUCCAAAAAUAUGCUUUGGCCUGCAGCAGCCUUUUGGUUAGGCCUGAGUUUAGUACAUCAGCUCUUCUGGCAGGGAGGGAAACAGCCAUGCACACAUUAACUACAGUACUCCCUUUGAUCAUAUGCAGUGCUGGCAAAGCGUUGAGAUGAACACGCUACAUGUGAAUCCUCCCUUCCAGUCUAUCGUCUCCCUUUUGAACGGAAGCCAUUCUUUUUUAGCCCUUUUUAAAGAAAUCACUUCGUCCUUACACUACAGUGGUUAUGGUGCAACUAUGGGUAGAGCUGAACAGCCACUGUCUGAGUGCAAGGGUCUUGCUUUUUAAUUUGCAGAUUAGAAAUCCUUGUUUUAUGAUAAGGAGGCAAUGUAAUGUAUCUGAGAUAUGCUAUUCUAGCUGAGUUUAAAGAGGUCUGUGUAAUAAGCAUAGCCCCACUGAAACAGAGAUGCUUCAGGUAAGGUUCUGUCCCAAAGCCUGUCUUUUGCUAGCCAGGAUCCCAGCACAGAUGGAUAGAUGAAAGACUAUUUUCUGUAGGAUGAAUGUACUGAAUUUGUAGUGACCUGGCCUGUAAACUUUUCUCUAUUGUUUCUCUUGCUUUAGUCAAUGUCUUUAUUUUUUUAAAUAUACAGGCUGUGACUAAGUGAAUUUCUAUUUUGGGUUGCUUUGAAAGGCCUUUCUAUGAGCAAGUGCCAAAGUUCAGUUCCUGCUUGCUGAGAAUUGCUAUAUAUUUUUCCAGCAUAAGUCUUCUGCACUGUUUUCUAUGUUAUUAUAAUGGUCUUAUGUAAUAUGAAAAUGUGCUGGUUUUUUCAAUUCUUGUUGAUUGUCUCUUCUGUAAGCACUGGGCUGACUACUAUAUUUUUUUAUCACUUUCUCUGAAUAUUUUGCAGUGUUGCUGUUUCCUUGGCAUUGAUGUGACUACUUGGUUUGUGGCUCGCGGAUAGCAAAUGCACUGUAAUGGGAAAGAGUUAUUACUUUUGUUAUUUAAAAGAAAAAGGAUUUAAAGGGGGGGAAUUUAUAAAGCUAAAUAUCAUAUUUAUUUUUCAUAUGUUUGAAUUGUAAGAAUAAUAUGGUGACAGUCCCAUUUGUAGGGUAAAGUUACAUAUUUCCAUUAAUAUGUAGUAUGCUGUUAUUAAAAGAAAAUUCUUAUAAUGAACUUUUAAUUAAAAUGCACUGUAAAAUGA